AUGUUUGUAUUGAAUUAUAAUUUUUCGAGUAUGAAGUAUGUAUCUACUGUCAAUUCUUCUGCAAAAAUUAUCAUAAAUGGGGAAGUUAUAUUUUCGCCAAAUAAAACUUUGGAAAAUAGAGUUUUGAUUGAAUACAAUGAUGUGACAAUUAGAACUAUUAGAAGUAAAAACGAAGCGAAAAUGAUAGAUAAAGUCAUGGCACUUUGUUAUUCUUUGCAUAUGAAUAAAACGAAAACCGAUAGCAUCACUAUCAGAUUACACUUCUUAACAACAAUUCUAAUACUGAUGUUUUCAGCAAUUAUUAGCAGCAAACAAGUUGUAGGAAAUCCAAUAGAAUGUGUUCAUACCAGAGAUAUAUCCGUUGAGGCUUUCAAUUCAUAUUGCUGGAUACACAGUACAUAUUUUGUGACUAGAGCUAUGCUGGGUACCAAUGGCAUAGACGUUGUGGCACCUGGAGUUGCGCCUUCUUAUGGAAGUCAUCAUUAUGAUCAAGGAGACGAUAUAUUUUCCAAUAAGAAAACAAUAAAAAAUGUAAAAUAUUACCAGUGGGUCGCCUUCGUCUUAAUAUUACAAGAGUCGGAAAACGGGAAGUGAGCUGAUUGACGUGUAGGUGUUUCCGACCGUUUCGGUUUGAGCACAAUGCGAAAU